AUAUGUUUUAAAAAUUUGUACCUCAAAUCAACCGUAUUAGGUAAGAUAGGAAAAACAUGCCGUUCUCGGAGAUUGUGAGUGGAUUAUCAACAAAUCCAUAUUUCGGAGCAGGCUUUGGCCUAUUCGGAAUAGGUGCCGGCGCAGCUAUUUUGCGGAAAGGUCUGCAAGGUGCUAUAAUUUUAUUUCGCCGACAUAUGAUGAUUACAUUGGAAGUACCCUGCCGAGAUAAAUCUUAUCAGUGGUUGCUUCAAUGGAUUACUGUGCGAGGAGCAAGAGAAACGCAACAUCUCAGCGUCGAGACAUCAUUUGUGCAAAAAGAAACUGGCCAAAUACGUACAAAGUAUGACUUUAUACCCAGUAUUGGAAAGCAUUUAAUGCGCUAUCAGGGCAUUUGGAUACAGGUUGAACGUACACGGGAGCAGCACACAUUGGACUUACAUAUGGGUGUACCAUGGGAGAGUGUUACCUUAACAUCAUUUGGUCGUAAUAAACAAUUGUAUUUCGAUAUACUUGAAGAGGCACGUUUACUUGCUUUGGAAGCUACCGAAGGUAAAACCCUUAUGUACACCGCUAUGGGUUCCGAAUGGCGACAAUUUGGACAUCCACGACGCAGACGGCCGUUAUCAUCUGUGGUGCUCGAGAAGGGUGUUGCAGAGCGUAUUGUCACUGACUGUAAAGAGUUCAUCGGCAAUUCUCAAUGGUAUAUAGAUCGCGGCAUACCUUAUCGUCGUGGGUAUUUGCUGUACGGACCGCCAGGUUGUGGAAAAUCUAGUUUUAUUACAGCUCUAGCGGGUGAACUUGAAUAUGGUAUCUGCUUAUUAAAUUUAUCAGAGCGUGGACUAACAGAUGAUCGUUUAAAUCAUCUUUUGAAUGUCGCGCCAGAACAAUCAAUUAUAUUAUUAGAGGAUGUGGAUGCCGCCUUUGCUUCACGUGAAGAUGUCAAACAACAAGCAGCUGCAUACGAAGGACUCAAUCGUAUUACAUUCAGUGGUUUACUAAACUGUCUGGAUGGUGUUGCUUCUACCGAAGCGCGUAUUGUAUUUAUGACAACAAAUUAUUUAGAUCGUUUAGACCCAGCACUUAUACGACCAGGUCGCGUUGACGUAAAAGAAUUUGUCGGCCAUUGCGAUGCAUACCAACUGGAGGAAAUGUUUUUGCGUUUCUAUGGCAAACAAGAAAAGCUGCCACGUAAGGUUGCGAUGGAAUUCGCAAAAUGUGUAUUAGCUGAUGGUCGAAAGGCCAGUCCCGCACAGGUACAAGGUUAUUUUAUGCGUCACAAAACUGCCACAUCAAAUGAGGUGCUUUCACAUACGGCCGAGAUAUGGGAAGGUAGUUUAUCUACAACACUACAAAAGGAACCAAUCACAUUGCAAGCCACGGCGGCGUAGUUAAAUGUUAUAGAAAUAAAAAAUAAUUUUCUAGUUGUAAUAAAUUAACGAAAAACGAGUACACACGAUACUAUUGUAAAAAAACUAAUUAUAUUAGUAUUUACGCUUUAAACGUAA